CUCCGGGGAUGCCCCGGCCCGGCCGGGAUCCCGCCCGCCGCCCUUCGCCCCGGCCGGGCGGGGCCGUGCCGGGAACUGCGGCGGUUCCUGAGCGGCGGCGGAGAUGGAGCGGCCGGUGCCGCUGCCCCGGGGGAUCCGACCCCGGGCCCGACACUACUACGAGGGCUUCGUGAACAAACGGGGGCCGCUGGAUCAGGGCUACCAGAGGGUCUGGGCCGGGCUGCGGGGGCCCAAACUCGCCUUCUACAGGAUGCCCCAGGAGCAGGAGCCCCUGGAGGUGCUGGACCUGGGCGAGCUGGUGACCGCGCAGGCCGAGGGCGGGGCUCUCGUGCUCAGGCUGAAGGGACAACAGGUGACAAUGAAGGUGGAGAACUGGGAGACGCAGGAGAUGUGGCGAGGAUUCAUCCUCACCAUGGCCAAGAUGAGGAUGCCCCGGGACCUGGCGCUGCUGCCCGGACACAACCUGCAGCUCCUGGAGGCUCUGCGGGAGGAGCGGGAGCGCAGGGGCACCCCCGUGUCCCCUGCCAGAUCCGUGUCGCCGGUCACACCCGUGGUGACACCCGUGUCCUCGGUCACACCCGUGUCCUCUGCCAGCUCCGUGUCGCCGGUCACACCCGUGGUGACACCCGUGUCCUCGGUUACACCCGUGUCCCCUGCCAGAUCCGUGUCGCCGGUCACACCCGUGGUGACACCCGUGUCCUCGGUCACACCCGUGUCCUCUGCCAGAUCCGUGUCGCCGGUCACACCCGUGGUGACACCCGUGUCCUCGGUCACACCCGUGUCCUCUGCCAGAUCCGUGUCGCCGGUCACACCCGUGGUGACACCCGUGUCCUCGGUCACACCUGUGCCCCCUGCCCGCUCCGUGUCCCUGCUCACACCCGUGGUGACACCCGUGUCCCCCAGCUCCGUGUCCCCGGUGACACCCGUGUCCCCCAGCUCCUGUGAGCCGGUCCCCAGCUGCUUUUUCCAGGUGACGCGUCCCGAGGCCGAGCGGCUGCUGGAGCGGAACGCGGGCAGGGGGAACCUCCUGCUGCGGCCGGGGGGACACGGCCAGGGGCUCUCGGUCACCAUCCGCCAGCAGCUCGACGGGACAGCGUGGCUGAGGCACUACAAGGUGAAGAAAGAGGCCCAGGGUUAUGUCAUCGUCAUGGAGACCCCGCAUCGCUGCUCGUCGCUGGCAGACGUGGUGCAGUUCUUCGUGAGGAGCGGCAGGGGCAGCCUGCAGCCCCUGGAGCCCGAGUACAGCGCCCACCUGGAGUUCGUGCCGGUGGCGGUGCCCCCCUCCCCGGCGGAGGCGCCCCCCCCGCCCAGGCCGGCCCCGAGGAGCGGCAGACCCCUGAGUCUGGGGCUGGUUCCCGAGGAGCAGCUGUACAUGAACGACCCCGGGAGGACCCACGAGCUGCACAAGGACCAGCACAGGAAGCUGCGGCUGCACCAGGCUCAGCUCAAGCACUUAUGGGGACGCUCUGGGGGGGCCCUGCUGCUCCCCACUUCGUGCCAGCAGCCAGUGGGGACACCAGGACCCCCCUCACCCUCAGGGACAGCCGUGCCCAGUGUCCCCUGGGGUGACACUGCGGGGGGAGCCCCCUCAUGUUUGUGAAUAAAGAACCCAGAGCCCA